AUGAUUGGAAAGAUACUUGCCCAUUUCCUUGGUAGCACAGAUGGCGAUUUUCCCACAGAUGACAAUGAAACCUAUGAGGAGCUCAUUGAGUUUGAGGAGGGAGGAUGGGUCGUUAUCAACAUUCAAGAGAACAACUCCCUGAAUCCCCCUGAGGAAGACCCUUUGGAGAACCUGCUGAUUGAGCAUCCCAGUAUGUCUGUAUACCAGAUCAGACACCAGCCUAGCGAUGAGGAAGACUCAGAUGAAGAGGAUGCUUCUCCCAGGCCUGUGCCAGUCAAACAGCAUGUGUCCUGGAGGCUAGCUGCCUGGGGCAGCCCGCUUCCAUGCAAUGUCCAACUGCUUGCCAUACAGCGAGCCAGGACUCGCAUGGAGUGCAAGAAGCUGACCAGGAGUGCUCUCCAGAGACAGAACCUUGCCAAGAUGCGCUUCUCCCCCUCUGACAGACGCUUUGGUCACUUCAAACAACCCUGCCAGCGUCUGUACAACUACUGAGUGUCUACUGAGUAACCACGCCCCUGUCUGAACCCACUUAACACACAGACCUUAGACCUAUGACCCUGUGAAUCUCUUUACCCUGAUCAAGGGAACCCCCUUUGCUGAGUAUGUUAUUAACAUACUGAGCCCAGUUUGAGAGUGAAAUAGCCUUGAGUAGAUGUGUGUGCAUGUGAAAAGUAUUUUAACUGGCUUGUAACGGCUAAGGCUUAUGGCUCUGAUGAAAACUUUUAUGUAGUGUAUAAAAUGCAAAAGGUUUUAGCACUUGCAAAUAUGAAUUCUAUUGUAUAUAGAAUACUUUUUUUGUAUUACUUUGCGUGCCUUAGAUUUAGAUACGUUGUGGGUAUAUUGCUUUAAGGAAAGUUGAUAUGUUUCAUAGCUAUGAAAAGCUAUUUUGUAUAUAUGUGAUGACACAAAACAUCACUCUUGAGUAAUUGGACCUCUUUUGCUAUAUUUGGUAAGGAUUACCAAAUAAUGAUGAAACACUGUUACUAAUGUAUGUUUUGUACUUAGUGUACUUAGUGAUUCACUUUGUUUUUCUACAUUUAUUCCCAGUGUGGUGUAUAUUUAAAUGUUAAAAGAUGUUAAAUAAAUCUGUUUUGUUUAGGUA